AUGGACGCGCCGGCGCCGCCUGCCGCCGCGGCCCCGGACGCGCUCGGGCCCCAGCCCGGCGGUGGCCCCGGUCGGCCGCGCAGAGCCCCGGGCCCCGCGCGCCGCCGCUUGCUGCUGCUGAGGGAGCCCGAGGGCGGCGCGCGGGGCCCGCGCGGCGGGGAGGCCGGGCCGCCGGCCGCCGGCGGCGGCGACUCUCUCGUGGUGCUGCUGGACGUGGCGCGCGGCGCGGCCGCGGCCCCGGGGCGGCGGGAGCCGGAGCCCGAGCCCCGCGCCGCCUCGAGCCUGGCCGGCCGCCUCGCGCAGGCCCCCGGCGCCGCGCCCCUCGCGGGCCCCGGGGCCGCUGGCCCGCAGGACCUGCUGGUGCGCCUGGAGCGCGGCGUCCUCGCGCUGGCCGCGCCGUCCCGGGGCCCGCCCCCCGGCCAGGAGGCCGGCAGCCCGGCCGAGGCCCGCCGCGCGCCCGCCGGCCCCGGCUACCGAUGCCCCGAGCCGCAGUGCGCGCUCGCCUUCGCCAAGAAGCACCAGCUCCAGGUGCACCUGCUCACGCACGGCAGCGGCCAGGGCCGGCGGCCCUUCAAGUGCCCGCUGGACGGCUGCGGCUGGGCCUUCACCACGUCCUACAAGCUCAAGCGGCACCUGCAGUCGCACGACAAGCUGCGGCCGUUCGGCUGCCCAGUGGGCGGCUGCGGCAAGAAGUUCACCACCGUGUACAACCUCAAGGCGCAUAUGAAGGCGCACGAGCAGGAGAGCCUGUUCAAGUGCGAGGUGUGCGCCGAGCGCUUCCCCACGCACGCCAAGCUCAGCUCGCACCAGCGCAGCCACUUCGAGCCCGAGAGGCCCUACAAGUGCGACUUUCCCGGCUGCGAGAAGACAUUCAUCACUGUGAGCGCUCUGUUUUCCCAUAACCGGGCCCACUUCCGGGAACAAGAACUCUUUUCCUGCUCCUUUCCGGGAUGCAGCAAACAGUACGACAAAGCCUGUCGCCUGAAAAUCCACCUGAGAAGCCACACAGGUGAGAGGCCUUUUAUCUGUGACUCCGACAGUUGCGGCUGGACCUUCACCAGCAUGUCUAAGCUCUUGAGGCACAAGAGGAAGCAUGACGACGACCGCCGGUUCCCCUGCCCCGUCGAGGGCUGCGGCAAGUCGUUCACCCGGGCCGAGCACCUGAAGGGCCACAGCGUCACCCACCUGGGCACCAAGCCCUUCGCCUGUCCUGUGGAAGGGUGCUGCGCCAGAUUCUCGGCGCGGAGUAGCCUCUACAUCCACGCUAAGAAGCACCUGCAGGAUGUGGCUCCCCCGAAGAGCAGGUGUCCGGUGUCCAGCUGCGACCGGCUCUUUGCCUCCAAGCACAGCAUGAAGGCCCACAUGCUCAGGCAGCACCGCCGGCACCCAGACCUCUUCCCUCCGCUGGGGGCUCCGAGCACGCUGACGCCCGGCGGUGACCCCGGCAGCCCCGGGCAGGGCGAGUUCAGCCACGUGGACCUUGCGGUUCUCUUCUCCGACCCGCAGGCCGAUGGCAGUGCCGCCCCCGGGCCCCCCGACGCGGUGCUGGGCGCUGGGAUCCUGACCGUCGACGUGACUCCUGCGGGUGCCUCUCUUGGAGGGGACCUACCUGCCGGUCAGGGUUCCUUUGGGCCGAUGGACCCGCUGGUCUUCGUGGCCCACAGUGACGUCCCGCCUGGCCCGGACAGCCCCCUCGUCCUUGGGACAGCAGCCGUGGGUUUCCAGCAGGGCGGCCUCGCCGCGGACGACUUGCCGGCCAUGGGCACAGGGACCCUGGGCUGUCUGGUGGCUGUGCCCGUGAAGAGCUUGGAUCAGGACCCCCAGGCUCUGACCCUGAGUGGCCCCCAGGGAGCCAGCAGCGCUCCGGAGCCCCUGGUGCCCAUCAAGAUGGAGCCAGACUCACCCCCCCGCGCCCAGCCCGGCUGGCAGCAGGAGCUGGGCGAAGGGGCGUCGCGGCCUGCAGAGUCUAGCCCCUCGGAGCAGCGUGGUCCUCGGAGAGACGCCGGGCUCGCGGCGGGGACCAGCGGCUUCUACCUGGAAGGUGGAGGCUCAGCGAGAACUGAUUGCCAGUCCGUCCAGCGAGCCAAGGAGAAGAGGCAGAGAGGUGCCGGGAGCCGCUCGGGAGCCACUGGGGAGUCUGCACCAGGCCUCGGGGAAGGGGACGUCUGCGCUGGCCCGGGAGCCUGGCUAUGGGGCGGCCUUGCCGUGCCUGGCGCCCUGCCGUGUGUCCAGGUGCAGCUGCUGCAGGAUGACCCCUCAGGGGACGCGGUCUUGCCCCUGGCACUCAGCCCGCAGCCUCCCGCCUUCCACCCCCUGCUUGCUGUCGACCUGCCCGUCUAUGUCCUCCAGGAGGUGCUGCCUGCGGGAGAAGGUGCCGCAGGGCCCGAGGACGUGCCGUGCUCGGGAGGUGCCGCUGGUCUGCGGGCCUGGCUGUGACCCACCCCGCUGGGCCGGGGGCGCUGCUGGGCAGCCAGGCCCAUUCUUCGGAGGCUCCGGGGCAGUGCUGAGUGCUUCUGUCCCCCUCUGUCAGGGACGGUUGGGGCUGGGCCUCCCGCCCCGACUGCGAGAGCAGGUGCCGUCUCCCUGCUCCGCUGAGUGCGGCCCCUGAGGACGCAAGGGGCCCCCAGCCAACAGGCCGAGGACACGGGUGGCCCCCCAGGCCCCGCUGCAGCCCCCGCACCGGCCGAUGCCGAGUUAAACUCACAGAGCGAGCUUUCUUAGUUUUUAUUUGGGUGUCGGUACCUCGUGGCGGCCGACAGUUGUUUGCAAGGCUGUCCGAGCACUGGGGCGCAUGCCGGACCCUGGCCCUGGCCCGGGGCGGCUCAGGUGUGCACGCGUGCGUGUGCUGGCUCUCAGUGCGCAGCCCGCCCUGCGAGAGGACGUGAGCUGUGACUGUGUGACUGCCCGCUGGGGGUGGACGCCGGCCCCGGAGCCAGUCCCCGUGCCUCUGCAGGCGCUGGCGUUCAGGUGCUGUUGGCUCUCACUCUGCUUUCUGUCUCCUGAGGCGUGGGCCUCGGCCUGUGGGAGUGGCCCUGCUUUCCAUGGUGGCCCCUGGUGUCCUGUGGGGGAGCGGGUGGGGGGCUGCAUCCUCAUCUGUAGGUGGAUCUCAGCCGCCCCACCAGCACCUCAGCUCCCCGCUUGUCCAGAGUGCCCUGGACACACAGCCUCCGGGCCAGGGCUGGACCUUUGUCCCCCUAGGUGCUCGGACCAGCUUCCGUUUCCCAGCACUGAGGUCCCUGCUGCUGCUGGGCCCAGCUCUUUGUGUGAGUGAAUAAAAGUUUUUGUAGCCGA